AUGACUGAUGCUACUCCUCCUUCAGAAAAUACAGCCCCCGCCAUAUCAUCCAACCACGAGCUCUCAGUCCAGCGAAAUCUCGCCCUACCAACUCCAGCCCAUGACGAGCUGUUGAUCAGAGUCAUAUAUUCUGGCAUCAAUCCUGCCGAUAUCAAGCACAAAGCCCUUGGCAUCGUUGACACACACCUUGGUUACGAUUUCUGCGGCGUUGUGCAUCGCCUGCCACCCUUCGAUAGUGGCUUCGCUGUUGGAGAUGUCGUUGCAGGAACAACUCCCACAGGUUACGGGGGCCCCAAGAAAUAUGGCACACAUCAAGACUAUCUCGCUUGUCCUGUGGACAUGGCUUUCAAAAUUCCUCCGAACCUCCCCGUCUUGGAUGCCGCUUGCAUAUGCGUUACGACUAUGACAGCGGCAGACAUUUUGGUCGACCUCUGCGGCUUCGAGCCGGACGAUCUGGGUUCUACCUCUGAUCGUGCAGGAAGAUCUGCAAUCUUAAUCUGGGGCGCUUCAACAGGCGUGGGCAAUGCUUGCGUACAGUUCGCCCGCGCACUUGGUAUCAAAAACAUCCUUGCUACAGCCUCUCCGGCUCGCCACGCUCUUCUCCAAGAUCUUGGUGCAACGCAUGUUUUCGAUUACAACGAUUCAUCAGCGGUCGCUCGAAUGAGGGAGGUCGCCCGCAACGGCAGCUUCAACAUAACCCACGCCAUCGACGCAGUGGGAACCACAGGCAUGUUCUCCAACUCGGCUACGCUCACCAAGGAAUGCUGCGUGGAUCAUCCCUCCGCAGUUUUGGUCUCCACGGUUGUUCGACCAUUUGACAAGGGUUUCAAAAUGCCUCUCGCGACGAAGAACAAGCGAGUUGACAUUCGCCUUCUCAUCAUCCCAUCUCUGAAAGCGGUCGACAUCGCGAAAGGGUAUCUACCGACCAUCAGACAAACGAUUGAGCCAGACCACGAGGCUCACAAUAGGAUGUGGUCUGCGUUGCUCUGGGCUGAAGAUCACUAUGGAGAGAGAUUAAGCUACCACGAGUGCAAGAGAUUGAUUCUGGCUUCACGGCCGAGCGUGUGCUUGUGGAAAUCGAUCGCAUUGCAAGAGGAGCAGGGGGAUUCGGAAAGCAAGAACCUGGGAAGGAAGAUCACUCGUCGCUCCCGACUGGCCGUCACAAUGGGUCCAUAUGAGAAAAAGCCCACAGGACGUGACUCCUGUAUCUCUAAGAAGGAGAGUGAUAUCGUAGAGGUAUAUGCAACUCCAGGGCGCGGGAUUGGGCAUGCGCUGGGCAGCCUUGUCUCCCCGGUGGAAGUCACUGCGGAAUCCGCCUAUGCUAUCAAUCAGUUCUUCAACUCUACUGCGGAGAGAAUGUACCCCGUCCAUCUUGGCAUCACCAUCGAGGCAGCAAAGAUUAUGUGGUUGCAAGUAUUGUUCGUAAAUGAAGCUUCAUAUCACUGCCACGUUGCCUUGAUGCAGACCUGUAACGAAGUAUACGAUUCGAACGACAGCGUCUCGCCGAGAGCAUUAUCCCACAUCGCCCGAAGUCUUCCCCGUGUACAACGGAUCCUCAACAGCGACGAAGCCCUCUCCGAUGCGAGUAUAGCGAUCGUGUUGUCGCUUAUAAGUCAGGAGAUGAUCCGAAAGUGCAACGAAGAAAUCGAGAUCCACUUCCAAGGACUCACAAGGAUGGUUGACCUUCGUGGAGGACUUCCCAAGCUUGAAGAUAAUCGCGCAUUGACUCUGAAGAUCUGCAAGUAG